AUGGACCAGUCUCCUGCUAAACGCGUGUUUCAGCCGUUGUAUGUAUCAACCGGUGAUGCGUCCAUCGACAGGCUGGCAUUCUUCCACGUGCUAGAAAGAUUAAAGAUCCCAAAUGCAGAGAGUAUAUCAGACCACAUGUACCGCAUGGCUAUCCUCGCUAUGUGUACGUCUGACGGCACCCUCGAUGUUUCCAAAUGCGUUAUGAUGGCCAUCGUACACGAUCUUGCUGAAGCGCAAGUGGGCGAUAUCACGCCUCGAGAAGGUAUUUCGAAACAGGAAAAACAGCGCUUAGAAGCGUCAGCGAUGCGUAAUUUCGUGCAUGACAUGCUCCAUGGUUCCCCAGCAGCACUACGGAUUGAAGCUCUUUGGAACGAAUAUGAGGAGGGAGAAACGGACGAAGCAAAGUUCGUCAAAGAUCUUGAUAGAUUGGAGAUGGCUUUGCAAGCACGCGAAUACGAAGUGGCCCAUGCACGGGAUCUUCAGCCAUUUUUCGAUUCCAGCUUGCCUCAUUUGCGUCAUCCGGAGGUCAAGCAGUGGGGCGAGGAUUUGGCACAGACUCGUUCGCGGUCGCGCUAGCUGGAAAUGGUUGAUAUGAUCGCAUCGUGUUUAUUUCUUUGAUUCCGUCCUUCGCGAAGCACCUGCGACUGCAUUGUGCAAUGAAUCUGUGAAUGACUGACAUUCCUUGCGUACAAUAUCUUGAGAUGGAAGUUUAGACGGCAGCAUUCCCUUCAGGUGCCUGGGGUGUUUAUGUCAUUUCAUAUCGACUUGGAUAGCUCUGACAUUAUCAGCUCAGUCCCACCCCAUUAUGUAUCACCGCAGAUGACUGUAGCCAAAGUUUCGAGCAAAACAUUUAGUAUCCGUACGACGACGUUGGAACACCGUAAAAAUUUGAAGCAAAACUGUUGCGUGGGCGAGGUACAAAAACGCGUUUGGUUACAUGUAUGAGUGUAAAUUCAUAUUUAUCGCCCAUGCUCGAUCUCAUCAACCGUAAUUGCGU